UCGUCUGCUGGCAUUUCCUGCAGCCGGGCCGCGCCGCCAGGCGAGCCCCCGCGCCCCGGCCCGGCCCAGCGCGCCCAGCUUCUCACGAAGCCCCCCAGCGCCCACGCCAUGAAGGAGGAGGCCUUUCUGCGACGCCGCUUCUCCCUGUGUCCGCCCUCCUCCACCCCCCAGAAAGUCGACCCCCGGAAACUCAGCCGCAACCUGCUCCUGGGAGGAGAGAAUGACCUCUACCCUCUGGGUCCAGGGAAGGACAUGGAGCCCAAUGGCCCGUCACCACCGAGGGACGAAGGGCCCCCGACCCCAGGCUCUGCCACCAAGGUGCCACCGGCAGAGUACAGGCUGUGCAGUGGGUCCGACAAGGAAUGUGUGUCCCCAACAGCCAAGGUCACCAAGAAGGAAGCUCUCAAGGCGCAGAAGGAGAGCUACCGCCAGGAGAAGAAGCGUGCCACCAAGCAGCUGCUGAGCGCCCUGACCGACCCCAGCGUGGUCAUCAUGGCCGACAGCCUGAAGAUCCGCGGGACCCUGAAGAGCUGGACCAAACUGUGGUGCGUGCUGAAGCCCGGCGUGCUGCUCAUCUACAAGACGCCCAAGGUGGGCCAGUGGGUGGGCACGGUCCUGCUGCACUGCUGCGAGCUCAUCGAGAGGCCCUCCAAGAAGGACGGCUUCUGCUUCAAGCUCUUCCACCCGCUGGACCAGUCCGUCUGGGCUGUGAAGGGCCCCAAAGGUGAGAGCGUGGGCUCCAUCACGCAGCCCCUCCCCAGCAGCUACCUGAUCUUCAGGGCCGCCUCGGAGUCCGAUGGCCGCUGCUGGCUGGACGCCCUGGAGCUGGCGCUGCGCUGCUCCAGCCUCCUGCGACUCAGCGCUUGCAAGCAGGGCCGCGAUGGGGAGCCCGGGUCCUCGCCGGAUGCGUCGCCCUCCUCCCUCUGCGGGCUGCCCCCCUUGGCCGCCAUCCACGACCAGGACCUGUUCCCACUGAACGGGUCCUCCCUGGAGAACCACCUGGAGAACGAUGGGUUCUCAGACAAGUCGGAGAGAGAGAACGCCGAGGAGUCGGACAACGAGACGCAGGACCACAGCCGCAAGACGGAGAGCGGGAGCGACCAGUCGGAGGCCCCGGCGGCGGGCCCGGUGCGCAGAGGGACCACGUACGUGGAGCAGGUCCACGAGGAGCUGGGGGAGCUGGGGGAGGCGUCGCAGGUGGAGAAGGUGUCGGAGGAGAACAAGAGCCUGAUCUGGGUGCUGCUGAAGCAGCUGCGGCCGGGCACGGACCUGUCGCGCGUCGUGCUGCCCACCUUCGUGCUGGAGCCACGCUCCUUCCUCAACAAGCUUUCCGACUAUUAUUACCACGCCGACCUGCUCUCGAGGGCUGCGCUGGAGGAAGACGCCUACAGCCGCAUCAAGCUCGUGCUGCGGUGGUACCUGUCCGGCUUCUACAAGAAGCCCAAGGGGAUCAGGAAGCCUUACAAUCCCAUCCUGGGGGAGACUUUCCGCUGCUGCUGGUUCCACCCCCAGACCAGCAGCCACACCUUCUACAUUGCGGAGCAGGUGUCCCACCACCCGCCCGUGUCCGCCUUCCACGUCAGCAACCGGAAGGACGGCUUCUGCAUUAGUGGCAGCAUCACAGCCAAGUCCCGGUUCUAUGGGAACUCCCUAUCGGCUCUGCUGGACGGCAAGGCCACGCUGACCUUCCUGAACCGGGCAGAGGCUUACACCCUUACCAUGCCCUAUGCCCACUGCAAAGGAAUCUUCUACGGCACCAUGACCAUGGAGCUGGGCGGCAGAGUGACCAUCGAGUGCAAGAAAAACAACUUCCGAGCUGAGCUGGAGUUCAAGCUCAAGCCCUUCUUUGGGGGCAGCUCGAGCAUCAACCAGAUCUUCGGGAAGAUCACUUCGGGCGAGGAGGUCCUGGCGCGGCUCACAGGUCACUGGGACAGGGAAGUGUUUAUCAAGGAGGAGGGCAGAGGGGGCGCCGAGCUGUUCUGGAACCCAAGCGGGGAGGUCCGCGGGCAGCGGCUGAAGCGGUGCACGGUGCCAUUGGAGGAGCAGACAGAGCUGGAGUCUGAGAGGCUCUGGCAGCACGUCACCAAAGCCAUCAACGAGGGUGACCAGCACAAGGCCACAGAGGAGAAGUUUUCUCUGGAGGAGGCCCAGCGGCAGCGGACCCGAGAGCGCCAGCAGAACCUGGUGCCCUGGACGCCCCAGCUGUUCCACCUGGACCCUGCCACCCAGGAGUGGCGCUACCGAUAUGAGAACCACAGCCCCUGGGACCCCCUGAAGGACAUCGCCCAGUUUGAGCAAGACGGGGUCCUGCACACCCUGCAGCGGGAGACCAUGGCCCGCCAGACGGUCUUCCUGGGCAGCCCGGGGCCCAGGCACCAGGGGCCUGGCCCUGACCAGCGGCUCCGCAAGGCCAGCGACCAGCCCUCAGGCCACAGCCAGGUCACCGAGAGCAGCGGCUCCACGCCUGAGUCCUGCCCCGAGCUCUCGGAUGAGGAUGGUGACUUUGCUCCUGGCUGCGAGAGCCCGUGCCCUCGCUGUGGGAAGGAGGCGCGGCGGCUACAGGUGCUGCACGAGGCGAUCCUGUCCAUCCGGGAGGCCCAGCAGGAGCUGCACAGGCAUCUCUCAGCCAUGCUGAGCUCCGCAGCCCUGGCCAGGCAGGCGCCAGCCCCAGGCCUCCUGCACAGUCCGCGCUCCUGGCUCCUGCUCUGCGUGUUCCUGGCGUGUCAGCUGCUCAUGAACUACGUCCUCCAAUAAGAGCCCCUCGAGGACAGAGACAGCGGGGCACCGCCUCCCUCCCAGGCACCUAGCACUUUAAGCCAGCCCCGUGGAGGCAGAGACAGAGGGACCCAGGGCCACAGGACAGCAGGAGGGACCUGGCGGGGACAGCACUGAGUCCCCCUGGGGAGGUGCUGGCCUUUCCCACAGGGCCCCCUGCCGGCCGCUGGCCUUAAUGCUAAAGCCAAAAGCCACUUCUGUCUCGUGCCCGACGCUCCUGGGCCACCUCUCCUCCUCACCCCGCUCAGCCUCCACUUGCCCCUGGGGGUUGAUGUGGUCGGCGGGGCGGGCCUGCCAGGCUCCGGGUGCUGCUCCCAGCAGGGGUGGGUGGGAGGUUUGCGGAGCAAAAGCAGGGGGGCAGGUGGGCGUUGCGCCUGAGGCAUCCUUUCCUGAGCCCCUGCCCAGGUGGCCCUGGAGGGGCCUCAGGUUGGGCUGCUCUGCAGAGGACAUGGCAGCCUUAUUCUGCCCUGUGUGUGCGGAUGGAGCCCAGGGGCCACGCUGCACCCUGCUCAGCCAGGACACGCUAAGGCAGGGCGGGCACCCCGGGAUCCAAGGUGGCCGCUCUGCUCAGACUGAUGCCCAGCCUUCCCCUUCUCCACCUUUUUAAUAAACGCAAAUGCAAUAUUUUAGGCAGGCUGUGAA